CCCUAACCCUAACCCUAAACCCGCGAACCCUAAUCCAUUAUUUCAUGAUACAACAACCCUAAUAGUCUGAUUACUUUGCACUUACAGUUCAUUGGUAUCAUGUUUUCAAUAGGAAUGCAUUGUUUGAUCGUAAAACUGAGUGCUCCUACCAAUUUUCAUGGGCUCUGCGUUUUUUUGUUGGUUUGUGAGAGCUACGGAGUUUAGAGUGAGACUGAGCUUGGAUUAAAGGAGAGUUGGUGCUUUGCUUCUCAUAUCUGUUUCCUUUACCUUUUUUGGUUUUGCUUUCUUUUGUUUUCUGUUCUGUGUGCUUUUUGCUUGUUGGAAGGCUUUGGACGUGGCUUUUAAUGGCCCUGGUAUCAUUGGGAAGUUGUGAAGGGUUGGUUUAUGAUCUUGGAUAAUGGAAAUAUUGGUAUUGGGUCUUUAAAAUAUGAUAUUGCAAAGUUGGACUGGAUGGAAAAUUGAUAUCAUAAAACUGGAUUUGGUUGUUGGAGGUUUUGAGUCUUUUAAGAAGAUUGGUAUUGUAAUAUAUUGUAAAUUUUGGAUGCAUCAUUAGAGGGUUUUUGUUCUCUAAAUAUUAAUGAACGUAUAGAGAACUUUGUAAAAAAUGACGUAAUAAAUGAUGCCAGACACGUAUUUAGAUGAAUACAUCUCUGCAGAAGUAUCAAAGAUGACCACAAUGCAUACUUUUUUUCCGUAACUUUUUGUGCCUGCUUCUCAACAUUGACUUUCCCUAUAGUCAGUGGUCAAGGAAAUUGUAUUUUGCAAGGAAAGAAGUCUAGAGGGUUCAUGAAAGGAAGCUAUUGUUCAUUAUUCUAUUUGUCGAAUGUGGAUGGGUGUUUUUGAAGUGUGUUUUCCUAAGGCAUGCUUUUGAUGGUUUCUGUUUUUGAAGGUUGCGAUGGCGGGGAAAUCUGGCAGAGGGAAAAACAAAGGAAAAGGGCCUAAUUCAACACAAAUUAAUUCUACAAGAGAUGCAAAUGCUACUGAUUCUCAUGUGAAUUCGAAUGAGGCAUCUGAUGUUAAGGCUGGCAAUGAAGAAAGCUGCCCUGUGGUGGAGAAUGCUUCUUCUGCUGAUGAGGCAGUCGAUUCAAAGGCGCAAGAAACAAAUGUUAAUGCAGCAGCAUUAAGCAAUGGACCCAAGCAAGCUGAUAGCGACAUUCAUCUAUAUCCUGUCUCUGUGAAAACACAGUCUGGGGAAAAGCUAGAACUUCAGUUGAAUCCUGGAGAUUCUGUGAUGGAUUUGAGACAAUUUCUACUUGAUGCACCGGAAACCUGUUUCUUUACAUGCUAUGAUUUGAUAAUGCAUGCGAAGGAUGGAUCAAUUCAUCAUUUAGAGGACUAUAAUGAAAUUUCUGAGGUUGUUGAUAUUACUACAGGUGGUUGCUCCUUAGAGAUGGUUGCUGCUUUAUAUGAUGACAGAUCCAUAAGGUCUCAUGUCCGUCGUGCCAGAGAGUUGCUUUGUCUGUCCUCACUUCAUUCGUCAUUAUCAACAGCCCUUGCUUUGCAGCAUGAAGCAAAGCAGCAGACUGCUUCAGAGAAAGUUGAAGUGCCAGAGCUUGAAGGUUUAGGUUUUAUGGAAGAUAUUACUGGUUCACUUGGUAAUUUGAUCCCAGCAUCUUCCCAGGAGAUCGAAUGUGUCGAGAGCAUUGUUUUUUCUUCAUUCAAUCCUGCUCCAGGCCAUAGGAGGUUGGCUGGGGAUCUCAUAUAUCUGGAUGUUGUAACUUUAGAAGAACAUCAAUACUGCAUUACAGGAAGUACAAAGGUGUUUUAUGUUAACUCCAGCAUAGGAAAUAUGCUAGAUCCUACACCAGGAAAACCUGCUUAUGAGGCAACAACCGUAAUUGGCCUUCUGCAAAAAAUUAGCUCCAAAUUCAAAAAAGGUUUUCGUGAAAUUUUGAAUCGGAAAGCUUCGGCACAUCCAUUUGAAAAUGUGCAGUCUCUAUUGCCACCGAACCCAUGGUUAGGAGUGUACCCUAUACCUGAGCACAAAAGGGAUGCUGCUAGAGCUGAGGAUGCUUUGGUCCUUUCCUAUGGGAGUGAGCUGAUUGGUAUGCAAAGAGAUUGGAAUGAGGAGCUACAAUCUUGCCGGGAGUUUCCCCAUAACACCCAGCAGGAAAGGAUUUUGCGGGAUAGGGCUCUAUAUAAAGUGACAUGUGACUUUGUGGAUGCGGCAACAAACGGCGCAGUUGGUGUCAUUAAUAGAUGUAUUCCGCCUAUAAAUCCGACUGAUCCUGAACGCUUUCAUAUGUAUGUUCACAAUAAUAUAUUCUUCAGCUUUGCUGUGGACUCCGAUGUUGGACAGAUGGAGAAAUACUAUAUUUCAGGUUUAAUUUUGAAAUCUUCUCAGGAUGCUGAGCAUUGUGAAGUACUUGUCUCUCCUAAUGAAUUGUCUGGAAAGGCUUCUUCUGAUUUGUCGAAUGGAUUGAGUGGUGCCUCUAGUGCACCUAAAUCUGAGGCAGAACAUGGUGAUUCAGGGGUUUCUCCUGGAAGAGCUAUGGAGCAAAUGAUUGACAGUGAACAAGCUACUUAUGCCUCUGCAAAUAAUGACUUGAAAGGAACAAAGGCCUACCAGGAAGCUGACGUCCGUGGGUUACACAAUCUUGCUAUGGCCAUAAUCGACUAUAGAGGUCAUAGAGUUGUUGCACAGAGUAUCAUUCCUGGAAUCCUUCAAGGAGACAAAUCUGAUUCUCUUCUAUAUGGUUCUGUUGACAAUGGAAGAAAAAUUUGUUGGGAUGAAGCAUUUCAUGCAAAGGUGGUAGAGGCUGCAAAACAUCUCCAUUUGAAGGAGCAUACAGUGCUAGAUGGAUCUGGUAAUGCUGUGAAACUUGCCGCUCCAGUGGAAUGCAAGGGUAUCAUUGGCAGUGAUGACCGACAUUAUCUUCUAGAUUUGAUGAGGGUUACUCCAAGGGAUGCAAAUUACAGUGGCCCUGGGUUCCGAUUUUGUGUUUUGAGGCCUGAACUUGUUGUUGCCUUUUGCCAGGCUGAAGCCGCAGAGAAGUUGAAAUCUGCUAAUGGUAAAGAUGGAAAGGACACUGUGGAGUCAGGUUUGGUAGAUGUCAAUGGUGCUGUUAAGGGUGCAGAAGUGGCACCUUUGAAUUCUGAGGGUAUGGCUGGUGAUGAUAAAAGCGAAGCUAUAGAAAGUCACGAUCCUGCACCUUUUUUAACUGAGGAGAUCUAUCUAAAUCCCAAUGUCUUAACUGAGUUUAAGUUGGCUGGAAAUGAAGAUGAGAUAGCGGAAGAUGAAGCAAUUGUGAGGAAGGCUGCUUUAUAUCUCAUUGAAACUGUACUCCCCAAAUUUAUCCAAGAUCUUUGUUCUCUUGAGGUUUCACCAAUGGAUGGCCAAACACUGACUGAAGCACUUCAUGCACAUGGCAUCAAUGUGCGGUAUAUUGGAAAGGUUGCUGAAAUGACUAAACAUCUACCCCACAUAUCAGAUUUAUGUAUUGCAGAGAUUGUUGUUAGGUCAGCGAAGCAUAUUUUGGAGGAUGUUUUGAGAGACACAAUAGAUCAUGAUCUUGGAUCAGCAGUUGCACACUUCUUCAAUUGUUUCCUAAGGCAUGAUGUGCCUGUUGGUUCGAAGAAUAGUGCUGGCAAUGUUCGGUCCAAGACACAGAAGAAGGAUCAAGGAUUCCAACAACCUGUGGGAACUCCUUCCAAGGGCCACAAAAAGUCCAAUCAUGGAGCAUCAUCAAGGAAAACUCAGUCAGUAUACAUGUCAAUCACAUCUGAACUUCUAUGGUCAAAUAUCCAGGAAUUUGCAAAGAUGAAGUAUCAGUUCUCAUUGCCCGAGGAUACUAAGUUACGUAUAAAGAAGGUUUCGGUUAUUCGUAAUUUGUGCCAAAAGGUUGGUGUAGCGAUUGCAGCUCGCAAGUAUGAUCUUGAUGCGGCUGUUCCCUUCCAUAAUUCAGAUAUCCUAAAUCUUCAACCAGUUGUGAAACAUUCAGUCCCAGUUUGCUCUGAAGCUAGGGAUCUUGUGGAGACAGGGAAGGUUCGCUUGGCUGAGGGGAUGUUGAAUGAAGCCUAUUCAUCGUUCACUGAAGCAUUUUCUAUACUUCAACAAGUAACUGGUCCCAUGCAUCGAGAAGUUGCCAACUGCUGCCGCUAUCUUGCAAUGGUCCUCUAUCAUGCUGGUGACAUGGCAGGAGCUAUAAUGCAGCAGCAUAAAGAGCUUAUCAUAAAUGAACGUUGCCUUGGUCUUGAUCACCCUGAUACUGCUCACAGCUAUGGCAAUAUGGCUUUGUUCUACCAUGGUCUUAACCAAACCGAACUAGCUCUGAGGCACAUGGCCCGAACAUUGCUCUUACUUAGUCUAUCUUCGGGGCCAGACCAUCCAGAUGUUGCUGCAACUUUCAUUAAUGUAGCAAUGAUGUAUCAGGAUAUGGGGAAGAUGAAUAUCGCCUUAAGGUAUUUGCAGGAGGCCUUGAAGAAGAAUGAACGGCUCCUUGGUCAGGACCAUAUCCAAACUGCUGUCUGUUAUCAUGCUCUUGCCAUUGCAUUUAACUGCAUGGGGGCUUACAAGCUCUCUCUCCAGCACGAAAGGAAAACCUAUGAUAUUCUUGUAAAGCAACUCGGUGAAGAGGAUUCAAGAACACGCGACUCAGAAAAUUGGAUAAAAACUUUUAAAAUGCGAGAUCUGCAGGUGAAUGCACAGAAGCAGAAAGGACGAGCAGUAAAUGCGGCAUCAGCUCAAAAAGCAUUCGAUAUAUUAAAGGCACACCCAGAUUUGAUCCAGGCCUUCCAAGCUGCUGCAUCAGUCGGAUCUAAUAACACACGUGAUGGCAUCAACAAGUCCAUCAAUGCAACUGCCCUAAUGGGCGAGACCACCCUCCCCCGAGGGAGAGGUAUUGAUGAACGAGCUGCUCGUGCAGCUGCCGAAGUAAGGAAGAAGGCAGCAGCACGAGGCCUCCUGGUCAGGCCCCAUGGUGUACCUGUUCAGGCCACUCCACCUUUAACUCAAUUCCUUAACAUUAUAAAUUUGGGGGCAAAUCCAGAGGCAAGUUCUCCUAAUGAUGAAUCUGAUGAAACCCAAGUGGAUAAAAAUGGUCAGGCCUCGAAUGUUGGGGAGAAGGAUAAUAGUGGCUCCUCUUCCUCUGUUUGUGAAGAUGGGGGUGCACCUGUGGGUUUGGGUGCUGGUUUAUCUUCUCUUGAUUCCAAGAAGGCAAAGGUGAAAUCGAAGUCCACAGCUUGAGAGGGAAUGUACAGUAGAGGAUUAUUUUGGGUUGAUUGGUGAGAUAUUAGGAUCAUUUUGUGGAGUUCGGCUUUGGUUUAUGCGGAGCAAGGAUUUGGAUAGAGUUCAUAUAUAAAAAGCGGAAUUUUGUAGAGGUAUGGAGCUUCCUUAAUGGCAUCAGAUAUGUUCUGCGCUUCUCUCUCAUUCUUUAUGUUGAAUUGAUCUACUUAACACUAUGUAUUUGUGGGCUGAAUAAUUAUUAAGGGAACUGCUUUGUACGGGAAACAAGUAAGAUUUACAUAGGUUUUACAUGGCUACAUUAUAGUUAUUAUUCUGAAUAAUGGGAGUGGGUGAAGAUGCCAAAUGCUAAAGUGGGUGGCAUUUUUUUCCCAUCUCUUGUUGAGGGAGACAAGGAGGGAUAAUGUCUCAGUGGCCUCUAUUUUCUAGUCACUAUAUAGGGAAUAGAAGCUGACCUUUCUUUUUCUAUUGAAAGGAAACUUUUCUCUCUUCAUGGGUGCUAUCAUUCAUGAAUUGUUGGGCUUUUGUACUUAUAUAUUUGAGUAUCUGUGGUAAAUAAGUUGUAGUAAAGCUGGAAUUGGUGGUUCUUGUUUA